GGGGUCACAAAUGUUUGAUCAAAAAAUUUUGUUAUCACGCGUAGAUGCAAAUUAUCAAAAUACUCCUCUACCUUCCCACGGACUGCUUUAAGGCUGCACAAUGGCAAAGAAAGUGUCGCUUUUGUUUCUUUUUCUAACAUUUUCUGCGGUUACCUCAGCACCUGCAGAACGAACAAAGGUAUUAAUUCUGGGCGCUGGUGCAGCAGGAAUCACUGCUGCAAAGACUCUUCACGAUCAUGGAAUUGAUGACUUUAUUGUUCUGGAGGGACAAGAUUAUAUCGGUGGACGAAUAAAACAGGCAUCGUUUGCUGGUAUGAAGGUGGAAUUAGGAGCCAACUGGAUACAGUUUGCAAAUGAAAAAGAUAACCCACUGAUGUUGUUAAGGAACAAGUACAACUUGACCGGUCAUUCAUCCAAUUUCAACGACGUUCGUAUUAGGUAAGAAAGAAAUGAAGAGUAGCUAACUACGGCUUGUUGACGCUAUCCACUGGCAACUGUACAGUUUAAUUCUAAUCAACUAGAAACACUAAGAUAAUCUCAAAACGAAACUUAAGACCAGAGUAAUCCGCGCCUAAAGCAACAUGAUAUAUACGUAGCAUUAUCGACUAUUCGAAUGUCCUAUUCGGCUUAUUAACUGCGACAAUAACUCCACAUAAUUCAACAUUAUAACAGCGACAGUCUCAAAACAACAGGCUUUUGGAUCAUGUUUGUGUUUUGGAUAUCAUGUGGUUGAGGAAUUCAUGCACAGUACCCUGUACGUCAUGAUCGAUGGCGUCAUUUCGUAGUUUUAAAGUCACGAAGAGCAGUCAGCUCCUGACGAAGAGUUGUUUUAUGACUUCACAGAAAAUGGUCCGGAAAUCUUUCAUCAAGCAGGGUCAGUUGUCUAAAGAAUCUUAAGUUACUAUUUAAAACUAUUUUAAAAUCAUCACGGGUACAAUCCACACAUGAAAUAGCACAGCAAGAUGACAUUUUCAGCACCCGAACAAGUUUUUCACACUGUUAAUUAAAACGUACUUUGGAAAGGGCAUUGGAGCGUACCACUUAGAGAAAUAACAUCAUUGUGAUGUGUUGGUAUGUGUAUAAAUGACAUUAUACUUCGGAGACGAUCGGAGACAGCACGCAGAUUUCAGCUACACGGUUAUGUGUAAUUCUGUCCUCCCAGUUCUCCAGUAGUGCUCAGCUCAGUGCCUUGUCCGGAGGGGGGGGAAGGAAGGGGGGAUAAGGUGAGGAUGGGUCUCUCCAAUCCCCACAGAACAAUUGUGGCCAAAUGUAAGACUAACAACUCAAAUACCCUGUUUCCGAUCACGUGACUAGCGCCUAUGUUGGACAAAUGAACGAAAAAAGGACGAGCUUAAUAUAAGAAGUGUUCAAUUGCCACAGAAAUGUCUGAAUAUACCAAUAUGACCGUUGAUUUAACUGUAAGCAUUAAAAAAAGUUCCAAGAUUUCAAAUUCCAGACGGUAUGUAUGGGUUUUAACAAGCAGUCUUUACUUCGUUACUGUAAAAAUUGUGGGGAAGUAACUUGGCUAGACCAAAUUCAAUUUCUUGAAAAUUUGAACUUUCAAAGAUUGCCGAGUUCUUAUUCGACGUAGAUCGAAUUUAAUAUUUUACGUUGUUUUCUUUCUUUAUCCUUAGAAAUAUUCACAAUCAAGGAGCCGGCGAAAGGGCUGACAUGGAAGUGUUUAACGAAUGGCGCAAGAAACGUGAAGAGCUCUUUGAGAUGGGAGAGCAGAGAGGUGAAGAAGAUGUUCCACCAAGAGAUAUGCCAGUCUCAACUGCGCUUCAAAUGCUUGGCUGGACGUCUGACACCCCCUUGAAAAAAGUUCUUUCAUGGCUUGACAUCGAUUUCGAGUAUGGCGAGAAUGAACGUGUGACGUCAUUGAAUAACCUGGGUCCACCUGGAGAGGACUUCUUCAUUACCGAUCAAAGAGGAAUCUGGACUCUUUUUAGUGAUUUUUACUCACGUUUUAAAGAGAAAAUAUUACUGAACAAAACAGUGGUUCAAGUCAAGUAUUACAACAAUGGUGUGGAAGUCACCACAGCCGAUGGCGACACCUUCUCUGCAGACUACGGUUUGUGUACCUUUAGUUCUGGAGUGCUGCACAGUGGAUCAGUAACGUUCGACCCUCCCCUCCCAGAUUGGAAAAGAGAAGCCAUUUAUCGCCUUAGGCCUGUUUACAUGACAAAGAUUUUCCUCAAGUUUCCGAGCGACUUCUGGGAUGAUAAUGAGUGGAUCUUGCAUGUUUCGGUUCCGAAUCCAGCGCAUUUUCCGGCCUUUUUUGAUCUUGAUCGAACCGGGUUUUUCCCUGGAUCAACCGCUCUGUUUACAACAGUGACGGGUGAUGAAGCAGUAAGAGUAGAAGCUCAGGAUGAUUCUAAAACCAAGGAAGAAGUGAUGGAAGUGUUGAGAAGCAUGUAUGGUUCAAACGUGACAAACGCAACAGGUAGUUGACUAUCAACCUCUCUAAUGCACUAGUAAUUGACCGACAGAAAUGCCAUCUCUAGAUCUUGUGAAAAUGAAUAAGAUACGAAACGGUCGUCAUUAAGUUUCCAUGCAGAUCGGUGUUAACGGCGUUUAGUAUAAAGAAAUGAUUUUGUUAGACUGACUAAAAUAGAAACUACCAAUUGAUUGAUUCUUGAUCGUUCUCCGACGGAGUGACUGAAUUGAUCGUUCCACCAACUGACUGAUUAAUCGAUCGGUCGAUCGAUCGAUCAGUUGACUGAUUGACGGAUCAAUUGUCUGGUUGUUCGACAUAUGGAAUUAUUCACUAACUUAUUCAUCCAUUCAUUCAUUCAUUCAUUCAUUCAUUCAUUCAUUCAUUUAUUCAUUCUUUAAAAGAAAGACUGACUGAAUAACUGAAUUACUGAAUUACCAGCAGGCUAUCUGUCUAAAUGACCGGCUGGUAUGCCAUAUGCUGACUGCAGUUGGCUGACUGAUUGACUGACUGACUGACAACUCAGGGGCACCCAACGAACAUUUUUCUGAAAAUGAGCCGUUAACUACAGAAAACGAAAAUUUAGAUGCUUUUAAGGCAUUUUCAAGCGCUUUUCUGUGUUGCUGGAAAGAAUUUAUCUGUUCCUCACUCCCAGCAGGUUAGAUGGCUAUUCUCCCAGCCAGCAGAGUGGCCUUCUCCAUGUUUACGAGCCAGCAGAAAAAAAAAAACUUUAUUCAAAUAAGCGCCGCAGGGUUGCUUGGAAAUUGCGGCGCUGAUUCGAGUAUAUACGGUCAAAAUAAAUAACACACAGCCUUAUCUCUCGCAUGUCAACCAAGAAUAACAACAACUACAAUGGUAAUGAAAAAGGAACGUCACUAAGCCUUCCCUAGAUGUACCUUUGGUGAACCCUAUUCAGUCCAACUUGAAUAUAAUACAUCAGGCUGUUUAAUAGGUCCUUACCUUUUGCAUAAACAUGAAUCUCAUGAAUCGUCCUAACCGCCAGUGAACCGUUGCCAGUUAUCCAGUGGCGGAACGUAGCCUAAUUUCGAAUUUCUAACAACGGUGCCCCGGUGCAGAUUUUUUGAUCAGCGGUAAAAAAAUAAUCAGCGCGCACAAUUCGCGCACAUAGACGAGCCACCUGAGAGGAGCCGAUUACUCCUGAUACCCAGCUGGAUAUACACCCAAGAAAAAUUUCUAACAAAUUAGAGGGAUAAAAUAUCUCCAGCAAGAAUUUUUGAUACAUUUGAUAAAUUAUUGACCGCAGAUUUAAGACUGUACUUCCCAGAAGAACAGCCGAAACCUCAGUUCCCAGCCAGCAAAAAUUUUCUCUGUAGAACAGAUAUUGUGAGGAACAGAUCCGUUAGGUGCCCCUGACAACUGACUCAUUGACUGACUGACUGACUGAUCGACUAACUGAAUGAACUGACUGAUUGGCUGGCAGGCUGACUGACUUACUGACCGGCUGAAAGACUGUCUAACUGACUGAAUGCCGUACUGACUUACUGACUGAAUGGCAUCUGAGCUGCAUCCUAACUGACUGACUAACACAACCUGCUUAUGUGACCUGGUAGGCCAUUAUUCUUUUAGGCGCAGAUUUUAUAACAAUUAAAAUAAUGAAAUAGAAAAAUAAUGACUCUUCUUUCUCCUCUUUGAAGAAAUUUUGGUGAGCAAAUGGUCACAAAACCAGUUCACUUUGGGAUCCUGGACAGACCCAGUAAUCGGCACUGACGCAUCCGUCUUCGCCAACAUGGCAGGUCGAGUAAAAACUUUAUUUUUCGCUGGUGAGGGAACACAUGGAGAAUGGUACAGCUUCAUGCAGGGAGCGUACUUAAGUGGACGUGAUAAAGCCAAGGAAAUAGCGGCUUGUAUCAAGGGAGGGAAGUGUGAGCCAUACCAACCUUCCACAGGACUACCAGUGAUAGUUAAAACACAGGACUGCCAUGUGAAGAGCAAAGCAUCCCAUAUACAAAUGUUGCCUGUUGUCAGUCUUCUGUUUUGGUUCAUGUUUGUCAUUGGUUGUUCUUAGUUUGAUAAUUAAGUACCUCAGCAGUAGAACGUUUUAAAAGUUGAUUAGCUUAAAACUGAUGCUCACUUGAUGAAUCGACAAUGAGUACAAGAAAAAAGGAAAGCGGCUCUAGUGUGUGUUAACUCUGUCUACCGUUUGUCGCACAAUAGUCACUUAAUUGCUGCUCACGACUUUUCGACUAUUUCGACCACCUACUAUUUACGUUUAUAAGGCGAUAAUACCAAAUGGCAGUUGUCAAUCGAUGCAAUUUCAAUUUCAUCUUAUGAUCUGAAGAACUUAUUCUUCACUUGAAUUUAAAUACAAUUUUCUUCACUAAAGUGGAGUUGAAUGGGGGAUUGCUUACCAUCGAUUCAGAGAAGGAUAUGCCUACCACAAUAUUGUAGAAAUUCUCUAGGUUACCGCUCUCAGCUAACUAACCGCCCCCGGUCCAAC